CCUCUUCUCUUCUUGAUUUUUGUUAAUGAUCUCCCUUCAUCUACUAAAUCUUCAAAUGUUUUUCUCUUUGCGGAUGAUACAAAAUGCCUAAAGAAAAUCUCCUCUCAAACUGACUGUCAUUUACUACAAGAAGACCUCCUCUGUUUAUCUAAUUGGAGCCAAAGGUGGAACCUCAAGUUCAACGAAAGGAAAUGUGUGCUACUCCGAUUCUGCCUCAGUACACCCCACAUCCUCUUUGAUUACUCCUUAAACAACAUGCCAAUCCAAGUUGUUGACUGCCAUCGUGACCUAGGCAUCCUAAUGUCUUGUGAUCUCAAAUGGUGCCACCACCUUAACUUUAUAUCCUCCCGAGCCUACAAAAUUCUAGGUCUCAUUAGGCGUUCCUUCUCAUCCAGGUUACCUCUC